AUGAACAAGAUAAUUUUCAUCUUAUGUAUUUUGGAUCCACGUUACAAGCUCGAAUCAGUGGGUUAUGCACUUGUAAAGAUGUUUGGUGAAGAUCUGGGGGCAACUAUACAAGCAGAAGUGAAGAAGUACAUGACUUCAUUAUUUAGUGAGUAUGUAAAGUCUAGCUCAAAAGGUGUCGUGCUUGCUUCAUCUUCAGAUUGUUCUUCAUUGGAUACUUCUACUUCCGGGCUUUCUGACAGUCAAGUAAGCACCCAAAAUACAGGACUUUUAGAAUCACUAUUGCAAGAUAUAAAAAAAUAUAAAAGUGAGAGUGGAGGUGUAGAUACUAAAACAGAGUUAGAUAAAUAUUUUGGUGAAGAAACUGAGGAUGACACUAAAGAAUUUGAUGUUCUUCUCUGGUGGAAAUUAAACUCAACUAGAUUUCCUGUUCUUGCGGAGAUGGCUCAUGAUGUAUUAGCGGUUCCGGUUUCAAGUGUGGCAUCCGAAUAUUUAGCCAGCGAUGGAAAAGACCCUUCCGUAAUUGACGUGUAG